AUGUAAAAACAAAUGCAUGACUAAAUUUACGAUGGAAGAAAAAGAAGCUGUUUUGAGGGCAUUAUACGAGAAAGGUUCAAAAAACGAACAAGAUGUCUAUUUACAUGGGUUAAUGGAAUGUAAACCAGUCGUUAGGAAGCGACCAAAUAAAGAGGCCAGAGAAAACUCAGGACAGCGAGUUUUUCUUAUUACAUACGAAAACCUUUAG